AUGAUAUUUGAUUUUCAGGGAUGUUUCUUCGCUAUGCGACGCGGAGGAAGUGGCGCAGAUUUUCGAACUAGCGGUAAAGGCACUAGGAGUGAGAUCAUCACUUCUCUUAUUGGGAAGGACUGUGGUAAAGACAUGAUCGACUUUACUCAUAUUUCGCAAAGGCUGCAUUAUAGCGCUGAAGUAUCUUUGACGCCACCGGUGUCUUCGUCUACAGCACGAAGUGUGCAGGCAAAAAAGGUGGAAUUGCCAGAAAUGUUUUUUACGCUUAGUUUCAUAAACGGUCGCCUUGUUCAAUGUGUACCUCUCAAAUAUGCAGUGGAUUCGCUAUUUGCCAGUCAAGACCUAGUGUCCACAUUCGCCCUCAUAGCAUUAUCGAUCGAUCCAUCGCGGAUUGAUGUCAAUGUGCAUCCCACUAAGCAGACUGUGAUGUUUUUAGAGGAAGAAGCGAUUAUCGACGACUUGUUAAAGGCUUUCCACAAGAGGCUUGGUAACGUCUUCGAGCGAGAAUUGGCACCAAGUACCAGUAACUCCAACCGCAGUUUAUUUACGGCGACACAGAUCCUGAAAAUACCUGGUCAAACUCAGUCUACUGAAGUAGGUAGCUUUCAUUAA